AUGCUAUACAAAGCUGCGCAUGCAAGAUAUCGGGAAAAUAUGCAGACGUUUCAUAAAGCUACGUCAUUUCCGGGAUGAUAGAGGGGCAAUGACAGCUUGAUCAACAACAAGACAUUUACACAGAACAGAUCAAUAAAGUGUCUACUCACACGUGGUGUCUGCGUGUCCCUCCUGUUCACCUAGCAGCCCCUCACUGGAGAGAAGUCUGAAGGAGGAGGGCUCAGUCUCUCUUCCCCUGCCCAGCCAGCCACUAUGGAAAAUUCUCUGCAGAAACCCACAAUGAGCUGUGAUAGUGGACUGGUGGAGAGGAACAUUGCUGGAGCUGACCCUGCCAAGCUAACCUCUAUGAGUGUUUGGCUCUUUUACCACUUCGGCGUCCCAGCCGACCCAGAGGGGAUGUGGGACAGUGGGGCCGUGGAUCCACCCGAGGAGGAGGGCCGCACCUUCAUGCAGGUUCUCAGCGAGAAGUACAGCCCGGAGAACUUUCCGUACCGCCGAUGGCCCGGCAUGGGCAUGGUGGUAGUGCCAACUCUACCACAGGGCUCGCCCUUGAAAGAUCGUUUGAACCUUCCCAGUGUGCUCGUCCUGGCUGGCUGUGGAAUCAGCCAUGCGGGAGAGCAGAGAGAGAUCGCAGCCUUCUGUGCCCACGUGAUGGAGCUCGACCUGUCCCUCAACAAGCUCCAGGACUGGCAUGAGAUCAGUAAGAUUGUGUCAAACAUCCCCAACCUGGACUUCCUCAACCUGAGCUCCAACCCGCUAAGUGAGGUUGUCUUGGAGCCUAGCGGUGCUAAGGCCUUUGCCCGAGUCCGACGCCUGGUCCUCAACAACACUCAAGUGUCCUGGAACACAGUGCUCGUACUAACACGGGAGAUGCCUGAGCUGGAGGAGCUGUUCCUGUGCCUUAAUGAGUACACCACCGUGUCAGCCUCUACUGUGCCCUGCCCCACACUGCGCCUGCUGCACAUCACCGACAACAACCUGCAGGAAUGGGCCGAGGUGCGCAAGAUUGGGCCCAUGUUCCCCGGCCUGGAAACUCUGGUCAUGUCCAACUGCAACCUGAGCUCCAUUCAGGACUCAGAAGAAAUGCUGCGGCGCCUCUUCCCCAACCUACGCAGCAUCAAUCUGCACAACUCAGGUCUUAACCGAUGGGAGGACAUAGAGAAGCUGAACCAGUUUCCUAAACUGGAAGAUGUGAGGCUGCAGGGGAUUCCCUUACUGCAGACCUAUACCAACACAGAACGCCGGAGCCUCAUGGUAGCACACCUGCCCUCUGUAUCAUCGCUCAAUGGCAGUGUGGUGACGGACGGGGAGAGAGAGGACUCCGAGAGGUUCUUCAUCCGUUACCAUGUCGACUACCCAGAGGAGGAGCUACCUUACAGGUAUCACUGCCUGGUGACCAAAUACGGGAAGCUGGAACCCUUGGCUGAGAUCGACCUUCGGCCCCGCUGCCACGCCAAGGUGGAGGUGCACUGCGAGGACAAAGUGGAGGAGGUGAGUAUCCGCCUGGACCAGACCGUGGCCGAGCUGAAGAAACAGCUGAGGACAGUGGUGCAGCUGUCGGCCAAUCAGAUGCGUCUUUACUACAUUGACAAGGAGUGUGUCUUUGGGCCGGAGGAGAUGAAGUACCACACCAGAGCCCUCCACUCCUACAGUAUCCAGGACGGGGACGAACUCCUGGUGGUGCCUAAGGCUGGCCGAGGGACUACCACCACUGCCAAACCACUAUCAAACCUUAACUCCAAAACCUUAACUCCCCCGCCAUAAAAAAAUAAUUACUAGAACGGUCCACCUAUCAUGGCACAUUGACUUGAAUGGGGAUGCAGUUCUAGUAAUUAUAUCUCUAUGCUCAUACCCUUCCCCAUCCUAAUCUUGUCUGAAGAACUCCCUGCACCCCUCCUUAUGCCCAUCCUAUGUUUUACAUUCAGUGUGGGACACACUAUCAGGAAUAACAGCGACUCUGACUCUGAUUGGCUUGUGUUUCACCUCACAGCACCACACAUGCACACACACCAAUUAAUCAGAACGAAUGUGUCUUGUAUGCUUCCCUCUGAAGGUGUGCAUAUUAUGUGUGACUGAGUCCCCUCUUCGUCUUGGUGUAACGCCUCUGCCCUUGACUCCUAAAAAGUCGAUAUUUCGGGGGAGGAGCACAGGAGAUAUUGUGGAAUACAACCACAGUAUCUUUUAUCUUUAAGACAAUCUCUCAUUUGCAUACCCUGUGGUGUGCAGAGGAUGUUGAUGAAAGGAUAUGGUAUACUGCUGUGCCACAGACUAUUUUUCGAGUGUACUAGGUUGAUUGUACUGUACCUAACGGAAGUCUUCAUCGCGCUGUGUCAUUCCACUUCCUCACAAGACCGAGCCAUAGUUUUUGAUGGGUUAUUCUAAGUUAGGUUUAGUUCUUCUACGUUUAGUUCAGUAAGAUUAGUAUUUUUGGAGGAUACUUGAUAUUCAAACUCAAAUCGUGCUGAGUUUUCAAAUUGUCUUUUUUUGGCCAGAUGUAUCGUAGUGUUUAUAGGAUAUUGAUGCCUCUGACUGAAAUCAUUGAUGUACCAUAGAGUGCUGCAUGAGACUGUUCUUUCCUAAGUAUGUUUUUAUGUCGUUUGUGUUGAUCCUUCCAUUGUCUGGGACCGUCCGUACAUGUUAAGCCUAAAUUACGUUUGAACACCUAUUGACACGUUUGCUUCUGUGCCAGAGCCAAAGUAUCUCAAGUCUAUUGCAGACAGAGGCUUUGUGUGUUCACCAAAGAUUUGUAUGAACUCUGUGUACUGUUCAUUGCAUUGUUGAGGCAUUUUCCUUGUGUGUAAAGAGGCUCAUGCUUGGUGUUAUUUUUGUUAUUGCGAGGGCAAAGGUCACUAUGUCAGUAGCGGUUGUCUGGGACAGUAGAACUAAGGCAUUGCUUGGUACCUCACAGCUAAGGGACACCGCCACUUAAAAUCCCAAUUUACAGGCUGUUUGUGUCCCUGUUGUAUCUUAAUUUACAUAAUUUGUUGUAUUAUGUCAUCGUCUGAUUUGGAAGACAGUAAAGUAUUGGAAGAUGCACUUAGUAGAGCUAGAUCUCUCUAAAGUUUGGAAAUUAGACAAUAGCAACAUAUUUCAUACCGCUUGUUGUAUUUAUUUAGUCACUACAACAUUGUAAUAAGCAGUAAGGGUCCGUUAUUUUUGGUAGGCAUAAUAUUUCUAUGUCGCUUAGAUGGCUACUUGGUCUACUCUAGACAGCUUCUCUUGGUUAGUGAACCCAUAUUUGAAUGUAGUCAGUAUGCACUGGCAAUCAAUCAAUCAAUCAAAUUUAUUUAUAAAGCCCUUUUUACAUCAGCCGAUGUCACAAAGUGCUAUACAGAAACCCAGCCUAAAACCCCAAACAGCAAGCAAUGCAAAUGUAGAAGCACGGUGGCUAGGAAAAACUCCCUAGAAAGGCAGGAACCUAGGAAGAAACCUAGAGAGGAACCAUGGUCUGAGGUGUGGCCAGUCCUCGUUCAUAGAUGACCAACAGGGUCAAAUAAUAAUAAUUACAGUGGUUGUAGAGGGUGCAACAGGUCAGCACCUUAGGAGUAAAUGUCAGUUGGCUUUUCAUAGCCGAUCAUUCAGAGUUAGAGACAACAGGUGCGGUAGAGAGAGGGGGUCGAAAACAGCAGGUCCGGGACAAGGUAGCACGUCCGGUGAACAGGUCAGGGUUCUAUAGCCGCAGGCAGAACAGUUGAAACUAUAGCAGCAGCACAACCAGGUGGACUGGAGACAGCAAGGAGUCAUCAGGCCAGGUAGUCCUGAGGCAUGGUCCUAGGGCUCAGGUACUCCGAGAGAGAAAAAGAGAGAGAGAAAAAAAGAGAGAGCAUGCUUAAAUUCACACAGGACACCGGAUAAGACAGGAGAAAUACUCCAGAUAUGACUGACCCUAGCCCCCAGACACAUAAACUAUUGCAGCAUAAUUACUGGAGGCUGAGACAGGAGGGGUCGGGAGACACUGUGGCCCUGUCCGACUAUACCCCCGGACAGAGCCAAACAGGCAGGAUAUAACCCCACCCACUGGCAGCCACACUAAUGCAUUAAUGUGAAUAUUGAGAGUGGCACUGUCUAAAGGGAUAAAGAUUUAAUCAAAUAUAAAGGAAUAAAACAUUCAUCUGAUUCUGGAGCCAUGGCUCCAUGUACAUUUAGAUAAUGCCAUAGACCUAGAUGUAAUGGCUUCCUGUGAUUUCUGAAAUAAUGUUUUAGUGUAGGAAGUAGACACUACUGCUAACAAUGUGUGAGAAUUGAGAGUGGCACAGUACAGUAAUUAAAGGAAAAUUGAAUCCGCUAUAGGCUGAUGGUAUGCGUCAGUCAUCUGAGCCUGUACAAUUUUGCUCUUUGUACAUCCAGUUCAUACUGUAGUGAUGCCUUUUAUUUCUGUUUCAUCAUCAUAAACAUAGCACAUUUAAGGAUUCUGAAUUAAGUUAUCAACUUAUAUCUGCUAGAGUUUGACACGUUUGAAGUGCAGAAAUGUGUAAUUAUUUUUUAUUGAUCAUUUUAAUUUAUAAUAUUUAUUUAUUUAUUUUUGUGUGAUGCUUUCCCUAGUAGUGUCAGCACACACUGAAUUGAUGCACUAGUUAUUUUCAAGAGCAGUAUGUUUUCGUGUAAAGGAUGUGUUUGGCAUGUAUUCCAGGUCACCACCUUACUCUAGUCUGGGUUUAAUAGCCAAUGCUUUAUAAUUCAUUCAUGUGUUAUUUGUUCCGGAGUAGUACAAAUAUUUAUCGCUGUUGUGGGUUAGUGCCUAUCCUGAAACGCAAAUUAUUUAUAAAGCCAUUAUGCAGCUCCACAAUAAUCAGGUACAGUACAUAUAUCUCCUGCUGUUCUGUUGUAGGUAUGAAUCCUUCUGCUUAUUCAAUCUAACCUUGUGUAUUCUCAUCAUUGUGUAAAAUGUGGGAAGAAGAAAGGGAUACUAAAGUAAUGUACCACCUACUGUUGUUUUGAAGGUAAUGGUUUAAAUGUGGCAAAAGAAUCUGAGAAUUUCAGCCAUUACAGGCUAGGUAAACCGGGCAGCUAGCUACAUCGAAAUUAGCAUGAUUCUAAACACCUGAUAUAUGUGUGUUCCAUGAGUUCAACCAGUAUAGAGACUGUUUUCUGAUUGUCUGCCUCCUGGAUGUAACAAUGCUGUCCAAAUGUGUUUACUACAGUACAUGCAAAUGUUUAGAAAAGGUAUAUAUAUGUGUGGCAUAAAAAUAUAAGUAUGGAACAUGUAUCAUUCAAUGAUGGCUGUAUGAGUUUGUAUGAUUGAAUGCAAUUUAAAUGGCAGAUGAGCAGACUGAUGUAAUUCCUCUGAACUCCAUAUUAGUCAACUGUGUAGAGAAAGAUGCAUACAAGAAUAAAUAGUAUUCUUCUUUC